AAACUCUCUCUCUCACUUGAGAUCAAAACAACAAACCAACGUCAACAUACUACCCCCCAAACGACUUCCCCCGCACACCAGAACAACUUCAUCGACAACCAUAGUACCAUACGAUAAUGGUGCCGACAACGGAACCCCUUCAGCACCCGAUGAUGCUGGAUGAUUUGAAGCACAACUUCCAAAGCAUCGCUGCCACUCUGCCGCCCGAUGGCUGGGAGGAGCCAGGCCCGCCAAGCCUGUACAUCCACCGAGAAGACAGCGGCAUGCUGACGCUCAUCGAUUCGAGGGACGACACUGCCAGUGAGCCUUUCCAGAGAAAUCAUCCGGACGUGCCGUUCCUCACCUCCGCGGGUGAAGACGAAGCCAACGUGCAAGAGACCGCCACCCUGCUAGGCGCAGAUGAGCCAGCACGCGACAGUACAAGUACGGUGCUCGACAAGCGACCACGAACGUUUUGGCGCCGUCUCUUCACAGAAAGAUUAAAACGCAUCGUCGCUCUGGUCAGAUUACUCUUCGCUCGAAUAAGAAUAAGCCGAUUGACUAUGUGGGCCUUCAACAGGGCCAGAGGUCAAAGCAGCCGUGGAAUUCCUUGAACUCCACAUGAAUGGUAAGAGUUUUAACGAAGAAC